UUCGGUCCGCCGCCCAGCGCUCCCGGCAUGCACUGUGCGGGGCCGGGCACACAGCUGCCAAGAUGGCGGACCUGGAGGAGCGGGUGUCGGAUGAGGAGAAGGUGCGUAUAGCUGCAAAAUUCAUCACUCAUGCUCCCCCUGGAGAGUUCAAUGAAGUAUUCAAUGAUGUCCGGUUAUUGCUUAACAAUGACAAUCUUCUCAGGGAAGGAGCAGCACAUGCAUUUGCACAGUACAACAUGGAUCAGUUCACCCCAGUGAAGAUAGAAGGGUACGAGGAUCAGGUCUUAAUCACAGAACAUGGUGAUCUGGGCAAUGGCAGAUUUUUAGACCCAAGAAACAAGCUUUCUUUUAAGUUUGACCACUUAAGGAAAGAAGCAAGUGAUCCCCAGCCCGAGGACACAGAAUCGGCUUUAAAACAAUGGAGAGAUGCCUGUGACAGUGCAUUGAGAGCCUACGUCAAAGAUCAUUACCCCAAUGGCUUCUGCACUGUUUAUGGUAAAUCUAUAGAUGGACAGCAGACAAUUAUUGCCUGUAUUGAGAGCCACCAGUUUCAGCCCAAAAACUUCUGGAAUGGGCGUUGGAGAUCAGAAUGGAAGUUUACCAUCACACCACCAACAGCUCAAGUGGCUGCAGUGCUCAAAAUCCAGGUCCAUUACUAUGAAGAUGGCAAUGUCCAGUUGGUUAGUCACAAAGACAUUCAGGACUCUGUACAGGUGUCAAGUGAUGUCCAAACUGCUAAGGAAUUUAUUAAGAUCAUAGAAAAUGCAGAAAACGAGUACCAGACAGCAAUCAGUGAAAACUACCAGACUAUGUCAGACACCACUUUCAAAGCCUUACGCCGGCAGCUGCCCGUCACCCGCACCAAGAUUGACUGGAACAAAAUCCUCAGCUACAAGAUUGGCAAAGAAAUGCAGAAUGCUUAAUGCAGAAACAAGGAGGUGUAUGAAGCAGUCGUGUGCAAAAAAACAAAUACGGUCCUAUGCCAAGUAGAUGGUUUUUAAACCAGAGCAGCAUUUUUAGGGCUUUCAAAGUUACCAGGUUUUCUAGCCUGAGAGGGAACCGUGGAACAAAUAGUUGUCUUUGUGUUUUGUGUUUCCUGCCACAUAAACUUCCUGUUGUAGCUGCAUUUAAUAGGUCAUUUAAAUUCAGCCAUUCAUGGCUCAGAAGUAUAGCUGUUUUCAGUCACUGGCUGGAAAACUUCCUAGCUGGAAAAGCCCUAUUAUUACCCCAGGAGAGGGUAUGGAGCGCUCCCUUCACCUGUAUCCAGCACUCCAGGUAUCCAGUAAGUUUGUCAAACCUGCCAAGAGCUCACGGCGCUGCAAGACACAGUAAGUGCAAGACAGUGAGUCCUCGUGUAUCCUUAUUCCCAACCUCCACAAAGCAGAUGCCUGCAGGCUUAGAUUUUGCUGUAGAAAAUGAGUUUACAGGAUCCUUUACAGAAUUCCCUACUGACCCAGCUCUUCCGGGGACGUAACUUUUUUUAAAUCUGAAGAUUUGAGCCAUGUUCCCUAAAAGUGAACAUUUUUCUUCUCCCCUUUCUUGUGUACGUACGGUUACCAGACAUCUGCAUUUUUACAGAACUACAAGAUGAGUCACUGCUGAUCCACAAGGGCUGGAUGGUGAUUAAAAAUGCAAAUGUCUACAAAAUAAUAGGUAUGUUGUGCUUUAAUGCUUUGUGGCAGGUUCAUAGAUUUGUAUCGCAGGUGUAUGGAUGGAUAGUGUACAAAAUAAAUAAACUUGCACCAAAGUGAAAGAAAAAAUCCUUUC